UACCUUUUCUUUCUCUUUUUCAUGCGGUCUGAAUUAUAAGAUGCCGAAACGCGGACCUAAACGCCAGAAGACCUCAGCUAACGACGAUGCGAGUAAGGACGAUGAAGAGAGAAGGCUGGAGAGCCUGCUUUUUGGGGUUCCGUAUGUCCCGGCUGGUGAGGAGACUGUGCUAGAAGACGAAGACGAGGGUGAGGAAGAGAAUGAGAAGGAACUUCAGAACCUUACCGAUGGAGACUUGUUCUUCGUAGAUGAUGGAGCUAGGCCUUCUGGCGACGCUAUCAGGGAUGAGGAAGAUGACAACGAGGAAAACGAAAGAGGGAAAGAAAGUGACGGCGAAGAAGCAGAGCCUACACAACGACAGGCGAAACCGGAACCCGUACUCUCCUCUCGCAAAAAAUCAGCAUGGACAGACCCUUCCGAUCCUCCUGUUGUCUCCCUCGUAGCGUCCAACCGCACACGAAAACUCCGUGACGCACCCUCUGAAACGACACUGUCGGGCCGAGAGUACGAGUCCCGCCUUCGCCGCCAAUUUGAGCGCAUACAUCCAGCUCCUGCAUGGGCCAAGAAACGGCGACGCGAAGGCGAAGACGAUGAAGAUAACGACGACAGCCUAUUCACAUCAACGGGGGGAAUACUUUCACGGCAGAAUCGACACACACUAUCGCCUGGGGUUCUCGCUAUCGAGCGACUCCGGGACGCCAACCAGUCUUCACAAAAGGCCAACGUCAAAUCCAUCGCAUUCCAUCCCAGCGAGCGCGUGCCCGUUCUUGCCGUCGGUACGUCGGACCGUCGAGUGCGUUUAUACAACGUCGAUGGACACACCUCCCCACUUCUGCAAACACUGCAUAUACCCACCAUCCCAUUCACGUCCCAAUCCUCCGUCUCCUUCCACCCAUCAGGGACACACCUCCUCCUUACUGGUAAUCGUCCUUAUUACGCCGUGUAUGACCUCCAGUCUGGGGCUCUCAAAACGCACAAUGGGUUAUGGGGAACGCGGUUCUCCAGCCCAGGAAUUGCCAAGGCAGAGUGCAUGGAAAUAACAGCAUUUUCGCCUACUGGCGGGAUGCUGGCUGUGGCAGGUCGAGGGGGGAACGUGCAUCUUGUUGAUUGGCAGAGCGGGGGCGGGCAGGUUGUCGGGACGCUCAAGUGUGGGGCGGGUGGCGGGAUCAGGCAGUUGUGGUGGACGAAGGAAGGGGAGGAGGAGGGCCUGGCGAUGCUCACGGGAGAUGCCGACGUUUGCCUAUGGGAUGUUGGUCAGCGGAGGUGUGUAAGGCGGUGGCGGGAUGAAGGUGCGUUCCGAGGGGCGGGCCGUGCUAUCGCCGGGACCACGACUGGCGGGUGGAUGGCUAUUGGAUCAAACACCGGCUUGGUGAACAUGUACACCGCCGAUGCAUUCACUGGUGGUACCAGUAGUACUGUCCAUCCGAAACCAACCAAGACUAUCGGCAAUUUGACGACUGCGAUAUCAACGUUACGCUUUAACCACGACGCGCAGUUAAUGGCUAUAGCCAGCCGGGAGAAGAAAGAUGCUAUGAAACUGAUACAUCUUCCAUCGCUCACAGCCUUCUCCAACUGGCCUACAUCAAGUAGUCCUAUUGGACACGUCACCGCUGUAGACUUCUCUCCGCGAAGCGAUUAUCUUGUUAUUGGGAACACAAAAGGAAGGGUGUUGCUUUAUCACCUAAAGGACUACGGCAAGUCGUGAUUUCAUGGUAAAAGUAGAAUAGACAUCAUAUGAUACUAUUGCCGUGACAAGUAAAACUAUGCAUAUGAUGGCUACCCGUUAUACUUAAAGCGGGACAGGGUAAC